AUGGGCUGGGUCUACGCCGCCUAUUAUACCACCCACUUCAGCUGGAUCAUGCGCAUGGCUCAGUGGAUGCCAGAUACCGUUAUGGGGGCUUUGAUACCAUCCUUCAAGCCUAUCCUAGAUUAUCGCGUGGUAAGUGUUGCCCCUGGUCGCGCCGAGAAUGCCAGCGUACUUCGCGGCCAACACAUUGCGAUGCAGGCCAUCCAGCGACAGAUCCGAGAUGUUCUGGCGGGCAAUAACGUUGAAUCCAAGGAGACUACUCAUCCCACAAUAUUUACAGACAUUCUGCAGGCCGAGCUGCCCCCAGCGGAGCUCUCUUUCCAUCGCCUAACGCAUAAGGCGAUGAGUGUCAGCGGAGCAGGCAUCGAAACCACUAUGUGGACAUUGUCUGUGGCCACCUUCCACAUCCUCUGGAAUCCCACCUUCGAGCAGCGGCUUGUCUCCGAGUUGGUAGAGGCCAUGCCCGACCCGAACCAGAUUCUCCCUUGGGUACAGCUAGAGAAAUUGCCGUUUCUAUCGGCCGUCAUCAACGAAUGCGAGUGCAGCACUCAGUUAUCCUCCCAGUGA